AGAUCCUUAAUGACACAUGUACUCUGCAUGAUCACAUAACAAUGCCAUGCAUCUUAAAUUCUUUUACAGUGUGAUCGGCGUGCAGUUACCGAAGCUGCUCAGCAUUUCAUGUCUCUGCUCAGGAGAGUAAUACCUGAAGGACAGGGUCAGAGCACCAGUAGGGAGAGGCCAACAGUGGAGUCUGAGAUGGCCAGAUCCUUCCCUGGGUAUUUCAAACGAAGAAACAAAGGUCCACCCACCAGAGGCUACAAACAGGCAAGAACUGUGAAGAAGUGGAUUCCAUUUGAUGUUUGUUUUUUUUUUACUUUCCUCCAAAACGGAGACAACUCCAUCCCCUUCUGAGGAGCUGGAGCUCAUUCAAGCAGGGCUUGGAAAGCAUACGCUGUCUAUUACAUCAGAUGUAACUCAUGCAGAGUUAUCUAGUUUACUUGAGGCAGCAUAUCCAAAGAUGAAUGUUCUUGAGGACAGAUGGCUUCUUUUCAAGGCAGCAGGCGGAAAUGGAAGAAGAAAGAUGUCUGCAAUCGCAUUAGAUGCAGAAGGUUACACCGGUUCUGUCAUCAGAAGAGCCUCAAGUGGAGGAAAACUUUUGUUAUAUGUGGUGCUCCUCCAAGAUGAGCUAGAUUUAUCACCUCUCCCAGCAGAUGCACCAGAGUUUGCUCUUAUGCCAAAAACAACAUGCAAACAAUGCAAGGCAGUGAUGCCACUCCAGAUGUUGGCACUGCACAUUGAUCAGUGCUCCAGCAUAUCAGACUUGGAAGAUGAGGAGUCAGAAGUGGUGUUCUUGGAUGAGGCAACAUCUUCAAGCACAGCCCCAGGGCCAAAUUCAGAUGUGCCACAGUCCUCUGAGAAACAUUGCUUUCAGCAGGAAAGUGAGGUCAAAUGUCCAAUUUGCAUACAAACAUUUCCAGUGUCAGACAUUGAGCUCCAUGCAAGCCUCUGCAGUGAAAGCAUGGAGAAGAACCUUUGCCAGCUUAACACUGCCGAACCAUGCUCCAGCCUAGAUCAAAUAUCAUGUGAAGAGGAUGUUCUUCAGUGGGUAAUGACACAGGUUGAGAAGGUAUGGUUGACAGAGGUCUGAAACUCUGGAAGCGCAGAAAGAAUGGUGGUCCACUGAACCCUUUGAAAGUUUCCUUCCUGGGGGAACCAGGAGUUGACACUGGUGCACUAAGAAAAGAGUUCCUGUCCACAAUGGUUGCUGGAAUCAAGAGACGACUCUUUGAAGGGGAAAGUGAAAAGGGAAAAGUGCCAAAAUACUCUCUGAACGAUUUGGAUGAUGAACUUUUUAAAGUUGCAGGUGAAAUAUUUGCAGUGAGCAUUGCCCAAGGAGGACCAGCACCAAGAUUUCUGCAGGAGUGGUGUUACCACUAUCUUGUCACUGGAAACCUUAAAACUGAGGGAAUUCAUGACAAGGAGCUGUCACCAUUCAUCAAAACGCUCGAUGAUGCAUCUGACCUGUUUCCCUAUGUAGAAGAAAUCCUGGAAUGUGGCUACACUGGUCCAAUCAGCGUUGACCAUAAGGAACGGAUAAUAAGGGCUGUUGGUCUGCAUCUGACAACAAAACGUAUACCGAUGCUGCAACAGAUCCGUGAGGGCCUUAUGGUGUACAAUCUGAUUGAAGUCAUGCAGCGAAAGCCGAAAGAAUGUCAUGAUCUUUUUGUGACAGGAUGCGAUGACAAGGUGGAUUCACAUUAUAUCCUGUCACACCUUGCCCCAGAGAUGAGUCCACAUGGUUCAGGAAAACACAAGGAGGAGUCCAAAAUUCUGGAAUAUUUUCAAGAUUUCCUUCUUGAACUUGAAGAUGCACAACCAGAAGACGAGGAUGGGGAAACUCUGUCCGUUCCUGCAGUGAUGCAGUGGAUGACUGGGCAGGCUCACAGACAUCUGUUUGUCUCUGAGAGAGAGCAAUUUAAAAUAGCCAUAAGAUUUGACCACAACUGUGUGGAGCACAUGCCAGGCCACACCAUAUGUUAUCCUAUUGUUAGUGCCUUCACCAACACCAUCACACUUCCAACAGCCCAUUUGGGGAAUUAUGAGUCCUUUCAAACUAAUCUGCUUACUGCCAUUAAAUUUGGUGUUAGCUUCGACAGAGUCUAGUUUCUGAAAGG